AUGGCGGCAUCCAAGCCAUCACCAACCGAUUCCUGGGAUUCCACUCUCCCUGGUCCUCCCAGCCGCAACAACUUUGGAUCCGCCGAUCUCAGUCCCUCCGGUCUCUUCGCCUUCGCCUCUGGCUCCUCCGUCUCCGUCGUCGACUCUCGCUCCCUCCAGCUCGUCUCCACUAUCCCUCUCCCUCCUCCUCCUGGCGCCCUCUCCCCUUUCGUCACUUCCGUCCGCUGGAUCCCUCUCCCUCUUCCCCGCGAUCUGCUCUCCACCGAGCCCACCGCCUCUCACCUUCUCCUCGCCGUUGCCGACCGCCACGGCCGUGUCGCCCUCGUUGACUUCCAUCUUCGCUCCGUCGUCGUCUGGCUUAACUCCUCCUCCGAUCCCAAGCUUGGCAUCCAGGACCUCUGCUGGGUUCAGGCUCGCCAGGAUUCCCAUGUCCUCGCCACCAUUUCGGGCCCUUCCUUCCUCUCCAUCUACACCACCUCCUCCGACGGACUUUUCUGGAAGUACGAUGCUGGCACGGAGAUUCUCGCCUGCCUCCGCCGCGAUCCCUAUGAUUCCCGCCAUUUCUGCGUGCUUGGCCUCAAGGGAUUCCUCUUGUCGAUCAAGGUACUCGGAGACACCGAGAAUGACGUCGUGAUUCAGGAGAUGCAGAUAAACACGGAUUGCAGUGAGCUGCAAAGGCUGGAAAGAGAGGCGGCCACUAAUGGCAAUUCCUCAUCUUCCUCUUCUUCUUCGCCUGCUUCCGCGGCAUUUCCCUUGUACUUUGCCAGGUUUGCCUUCUCGCCUCACUGGAAGAAUAUUCUCUUUGUGACGUUCCCCAGGGAGCUGGUGGUGUUCGAUCUGCAAUAUGAGACGGCUCUCUCGGCCACGCCAUUACCUCGUGGCUGCGCCAAGUUUAUGGAUGUCUUGCCGGAUCCCAACAAGGAGCUGCUUUAUUGUGCUCACGUCGAUGGCAGGCUCAGCAUUUGGCGUCGGAAAGAAGGAGAACAGGUGCAUGUCAUGUGUACCAUGGAAGAGUUUAUGCCAUCUAUUGGAAUGUCCAUCCCUUCUCCGUCAGCUCUGGCUCUUCUCCUCAGUCAAUCGGACUCCACCAUGCAAACUAUUACAAAACUUCACUCAGAUGGAACUUCAUCUGUGGAUUUUGAUAACCCAUUUGACUUUUACGACGAAAGCCUCCUUGUUUCUAAGACAACUUUUAUCUCCCUUUCUGAUGACGGUAAAAUAUGGAAGUGGGUCUUAAGUGCUGAAGGAGUUGAAUAUGCUCUGAAAAAUGUGUCAGACUUGGACAUGGGUAAUGAAGCAGCACCUCCUGGAGCAAUCCAGAAAAAAGAUCUCUCAGAUCUGGAUGAUGGACUAGUUGGUGCACCUACAAAUCGAAGCAGAGGCCACACAUCAAGUUCCUCGUUGGGCAAAUCAGACCUAUCAUUUAAGAUCAGCCUGGUUGGACAGCUUCAGCUUCUUUCUUCCACUGUCUCUACACUUGCUGUACCAUCUCCUUCUCUUACAGCAACAUUAGCGAGAGGGGGUAACAUUCCUGCGGCAGCUGUUCCUUUGGUUGCUUUGGGAACUCAGAACGGAACAAUCGAUGUUGUUGAUGUAUCGACAAAUGCUGUUGCUGCAAGCACUUCGGUUCAUGCUGGUGUGGUUAGGGGACUUCGGUGGCUUGGAAAUUCAAGAUUAGUUUCAUUUUCUUACAGUCAGGUGAAUGACAAAAGCAGAGGCUACAUAAAUAAGCUUGUUGUUACCUGCCUAAGGAGUGGAUUAAAUAAACCAUUUCGGGAUUUACAAAAGCCAGAACGUACUCCCAUAAGAGCUCUUAGAACUUCUUCUUCUGGAAGGUAUCUUCUAAUUUUAUUCCGUGAUGCUCCUGUAGAAGUUUGGGCAAUGACCAAGCAUCCAGUCAUGCUUAGAUCAUUAGCUCUUCCUUUUACGGUAGUAGAAUGGACGCUUCCAGCAGUUCCACGCCCAGGUCAAGGCGGUCCUUCCAAACAAUUGCUCUCAGCAUCUGAAGGAGUAACUGCUUCAGCAGACUCUAAGUCAAUCGGCUCAGAUGGGUCGCAUGAAGAAACUGUAGAGAGUUUUGCAUUUGCACUAGUAAAUGGUGCCCUUGGAGUAUUUGAAGUCCAAGGACGUAGGAUUCGAGAUUUCAGACCAAAAUGGCCAUCUACUUCAUUUGUUCCUUCAGAUGGAUUGGUUACAGCCAUGGCAUAUCGCUUACCUCACGUGGUUAUGGGAGAUAGAUCAGGAAACAUAAGAUGGUGGGAUGUAACAACUGGACAGUCAUCUGCAUUUAAUAGUCAUAGAGAUGGAAUACGUAGAAUCAAGUUCUCACCUGUUGUUGCUGGCGAUCGUAGCCGAGGGCGUGUAGCUGUGCUAUUUAAUGACAAUACAUUCUCUGUAUUUGAUCUUGAUUCACCAGAUCCGGUAGCCCAGUCGCUUCUGCAGCCGCAGAUUCCUGGCACCCUUGUACUAGAACUUGAUUGGUUGCCUCUGAGAACUGAUAAAAAUGAUCCACUUGUUCUAUGCAUUGCUGGAGCUGAUAGCACCUUCCGGCUCGUUGAGGUUAUUGUGUAUGUGUACACCAGCUCAUCAAAUGAAAAGAAGGCUGGCUUUGCGCCCCAGACUAAAUCUGUAAAGGAGAGAUUCCGUCCUAUGCCUAUGUACUCCCCUAUCCUACUUCCUGUACCACACGCGCUGGCACUGCGGAUGAUUUUACAGUUGGGAGUGAAACCAUCUUGGUUUAAUACUAGUAGCACCACUUUGGAGAAAAGGCCUCAUUUGAUCCGUGGAAUGGCUUCAUCCUCUAAGGAUCUUCGGAGUUACAUGAUUCAGUUACCUCCUUUAGGAGACCCUGUAGUGCCAGAGAUGCUGCUGAAAAUACUAGAACCAUAUCGGAAAGAAGGUUGCCUGCUUGAUGAUGAAAGAGCAAAACUGUAUGCUGAUGUGGUCAAGAGAGGUUGUGCUGCAAGAUUUGCUUUUGCGGCUGCAGUUUUUGCUUACAUUACACAUUUGCAUGAACAGUGUAAUGGUGCACGUAGACUAAUGGCUUUUGAGCGAGAAGAACUAUGGGCACGUGCCAAUGAACGUCUUCCUUGGCAUGAAAAAUUGGAGGGGGAAGAUUGCAUUCAGAAACAAGUACAUGAGCUGAUAUCAGUUGGGAAUUUGGAAGCUGCUGUUAGUUUGCUGCUUUCUUCUGCUCCAGAUUCUCCAUACUUCUAUCCAAAUGCUCUCCGAGCUGUUGCACUCUCUUCAGCUGUGUCUAAAUCUCUUCUCGACCUUGCACUAAAGGUCGUUGCAGCCAACAUGGUAAGGACGGACAAUUCGCUCUCUGGUACUCAUCUUCUAUGCGCGGUUGGAAGACACCAAGAAGCUUGUUCACAGCUGCAAGAUUCUGGACGAUGGACGGAUGCUGCUACCUUGGCUGCCACACAUUUAGAAGGAUCGGAUUAUGCCAGGGUAUUGCAGAGGUGGGCUGAUCAUGUUCUCCACGCGGAGCACAACGUCUGGAGGGCACUGAUAUUAUAUGUGGCUGCUGGUUCCAUGCAAGAGGCGCUUGCAGCUCUCAGGGAGGUGCAACAGCCCGACACAGUAGCCAUGUUUGUGCUAGCCUGUCAGGAGAUUCAUUCGGAAAUUGUAAAUGAAGUGUCAACCCAAGAGGGAGAGUCUGAAUUGGAUUCUGGAGAAGCCACAGUAAUGACCGAUCUGCCAGGUCUAGAACCAGGGAAGGAUGAAGUAUCAGCAGUUUGCGAAUACUUCCAACAGUACCAGAGAAAGUUGGUGCAUUUGUGCAUGGACUCACACCCCUACACCGACUGA